CUAGAGAAUCCCAACUGUCGGCUUAUGAUGGGGAGCAGAACUGAUCGGCCGUGAAUGAAUGCUUUAAAAGAGAGACAGAGAGAGAGUUUAUGGCAGAGUGUUAGAGAGAGAGAGGGAGAACGCAGGAGAAAAGGCCGAGCCGGUCAAUCAACGGUGGUCUCCCACGCUGGUUCAUGGCCGGAAACAGUUGCUGUCGUCAGUUUUACUCCUAUGUCUGGUAUAACCCUUUACCCUCCCCAACAGGCUAGCACCCUUCAGAUGCCAGACAAAACACCAGCCGUUGCCCGGUCGCCGCUGCACCGACAACGGUGUAGAAAUUAACUUUCGAUGUAAUAGCUUUCAUCACCCAACUAAAAUUUGGGGACUUUCUUGAUGACAAUAGUGAAUUCGGAUUAGGGUUUCGAUCACCCCAGUUUCUCCUUGGCCUCUUCCCUCUUUCCGAACAUCAACAACAAUCAUCAAUAAUCACGUCUGGUGCUCCGGUGACUGGCAACACCGCUUUUAAUCAGGUCGGUGAUAUGGCGUCAGAUCGGGUGGUCGGUUCUACAUCAAUACCGGAUACUGUAUUUGGAAUCCUUCUAAUUCGAUCAAUAAUACUUGAAUUUCGUUCCAGUAUCCAGAUUAUGACUAUCAUCUUCUACAUUUCAAGAACUCGAAUUAUCGAUAAACGAAUUAUUUUCGGACAUAUUCGGUUCAGAGAUCGAUGAAGGCUAUCUAUCUGAUAUAGUAGUGGCGGAGACGCGUCUAGGGCUUUGAAAAUUUACAGCCAGUUAGUGUGGUUGGUGCAAUCACUCCAUGGAAUUUCACCAUCGCAAUGAUUGCUCGCAAGGUUGGCCCUGCUCUUGCCUCUGGCUGUACUCUGGUCAUAAAGCCCUCUGAGCUCACACCAUUGAUCGCCUUAGCAGCAGCUGAGCUGGCCCUUCAAUUGGGAAUUCCGCCUGGUGUCUUGAAUGUGGUCAUGGGAGAUCCUCCUAGCAUUGGUGUUUCUCUACUAGAGAGCACACAGGUCAGGAAGAUAACAUUUACUGGUUCCACCGGUGUUGGAAAGAAGCUGAUGGCUGGUGCAUCAGAGACUGUUAAAAAGGUAUCUCUUGAACUUGGUCGUAACGCGCCUUGCAUAAUCUUCGAUGAUGCUGACCUGGAAUUGGCAGUGAAGGUUUGUCAACUAAAUUCAAUAACACUGGACAACAAUGUGUAUGCACAAAUAGAAUACUUGUGCAAGAAGAGAGGCUGUACCUGGGGCCACUGGAUCUUCUGCAACUGGUGCAACAUACUUUGGUGUGAUAGAAACUACCAAAAAGUGGAUUCGAGAAACACAUCUGAAUCUUGGCGGUCACUCGGCUCCUCUCAUUGCUGGUGCUUUAGGCAGGCGGAUUGGAUGCAUGAAGUGGUCGUACGGUGGUUGUAUAACUUGGGGCAAUAAAGAUGCCAAUAUGAUAUCAUUCUUAUGUUUUUUUUCUCUUGUGCAACCCAUCUUACUUCAGCAUGGAAAAUUAUAUGUUAUAUUAUUACCUUCAACAAAAAUUGGCUGUACAUAGCUGCAAAUCUAAAACCAUUCUGGUGAUUAAUAUUCUCACGGCACGGCACUGCCACCAUCGUCGCCGCACGCCACAUCAGAAACUACAUCCCUGUACAUAGCCCUAAACUCACCAACCUAAGUGAUAUGUUUCUCGCCGCAACGUGCGGGCAUUCCAAGUAUUAUAUAAACACACAUGUAUAUAUGAUUUUUAACGUUUUAGGCUUAAAUUAUGUUCUCGGCCUGUAUUAUCGACUCCGCUGCAACGCGGUGAGGGUUUAAUCGGAGCAUCAAAGUCCAUCGGGUCAAGGGUUUCUACCAUGAUAUGACGAAAGGUCAGUGAUGUUGUUGUUUGGGGCGAUAGCAGUGGUAGGUGGUGGAAAAAUCGAAGCCUCAACAGUGGCGGCUUUAGGGUUCCUUCAUGAGUCAGUCUGGAGCGGUUAGGAUUCCGGCAGAGGAAUCCUCAGAUGGUGAAGUUGAGGUUUGGUAGUGACUAUGGUGGUGAUUACAGGUAGUCAGGAAUGUAAGAAAAGUUGUUCUGUUGUUAAAACUGCUAAAAUUGCUUGAUUCUCUUAUUGAUUUUGGAUUACGAACUUAUUUUUUUUAUCUAAUGAGGCCUUUGAAUUGAUAUCAUAGUUCUAUUAAUAUGAUAUAUUUGCUUUAUAUUUAUGUGAUGAUUUGUGCAGGACUUUUUUUGUUACGAUGACAACGAUUCAAUGGCGGUUGAAGAAGAUUCGACGGUGGUGUCAAGGUUGUGGUCGUUUUAGAAUAGGGGAAUUGGAUAUCGUUUUAUGCGUGUGUAAAUAUUCGUUUUUUAUUCAAAUAACUUAUAUUAUCAUCAUAAGAUUAUUGUUUUCAUGAUAUUGUUUUUAUGAAUGAUCAAGAAGGUGAAACGUUGCAUUCAUGAUCCCGGCAGGCUGAGAUAGAGGGUUGCAGGUCACCAUUGCAGCAGGAACCGCCAUUUGCAGUCACACCACUGAUAUUGGUUUUACAAGAUGCUUUCUUACGGUUAAAAGAAAGUGGAACUGGUCCAAACUUGGAAGGUUUGUUAAUCUCUUUCGAAGAAUUCAAACUGAGAUCCGGUUUGUGGGCAUAUAUGACAAGUUCAUGAACGCCUUCUUAAAUGACGUUAAAAGGCUUAAAUUCGGCAAUGGUUUUAGUGAAGGUGUGGCCCAGGGACCAUUUAUCGAUGAAGCUGCUAUAUAGAAGGAUGUGCGUUGUGGCACCAGUUAGCGCCGGGUGAGCCACGUAGGCGGCCAGGUGGCUCACGAGCACAACAACGGGGUGCCACAAGCGGUCACAUGUGAGCGCUGGGGUGAGCAUGGUCGCCGGGUGAGCCACGUAGUCGGUCAGGUGGCUCGCGAGACACACCAGUUAGUGCCGGGUGAACCACGUAGGCGGCCAGGUGGCUCGCGAUGAUUCGUGAAGCUUUCUUAUCAUUUUUGAAGCUCUCCUAACGUUUUAACAAUAAAUGGCGAUUUGUGCGUAAACUUCAACAAAGCACCGACUUAGUGUUUGGGUUUGUAUCUCUGUUUGACUUGAUUGUUCCAAUAGCGCUAGAGGAAGGUGCAGACAAAUCAUACUCGAGAGGACUUUCUAUAGCAACUUGUUGCCACCAUCUCUGCCAAUGGAAGCAUUAUAUCAGUAAAACCCAUAUCCCGACCUUUAGUUACUUUAAGUUUGUUAUAUGUCUCAUGAAAGUAACCCUAAAUGCUUGCUGGCGUGCAGAUAAAGAUUUUUUUCUUAAAUUUAGGGAUUACGAAAGACGAUUUCCAUGCAAUUACAUGGUUUACCAGCUGGGCCGUAGAUGUAGACCAUAGUUCAGACGUUGCUAAUACAAACACGUUAUUAAUUGCCCUUUUAAGAUAUUAUGAAGUGACCGGCCUGUUACUUUAUUUGAAGUGAUGAAUGUAUUCUGUUUGUGUUUGGCAGGGAAAAUGUUAAGAAUAUCUGUGGAGAUAGAAAUAUGUCUGUUGCAGAGAGCGCUGCGCUAGGGUUUAUGUGCAAAGAUAUUAUUGAUGCAGGGAGGUUUAUGUGGCUGAGGGAAUAUGGACUAGAAUCCAAGUUGUCAAAUAUUUCAUUUAGUUUUUUUUUUUUUUUUUUUUUGGUUUUUCUAACGGCUGGAUUUUAUAUUAAGAUUUGUUUCCCAGCUAGAAACUGAUGGAACUAGAUUUUGGUACUAAUUUAAGAUGAAACUUAGUGUCCGUUGGUUGGUUUUGGUUUUUUGUUGGUUUCGCUUCCUCUUCAUUCAUUCAUUGCAACUUGCAAGUGAUAAUAUCCGUUUAGUGCAUCUUGUUAGUUUCAACUUUUAGCCCAUUCAUGUCGAACAUUGAUACAAGAAUUAAACUUCUUUCAUGUGAUAUGAAUCUUUUUGGAUAAUAGAAUUUUAUGUGCUAUGAAAGCUUAUUUAUAUAGUUUU